AUGGCUUCUUCAUCAAACACUCCCCUUGAUAAAGCGUUCGAUCAGAUGUUUCAGCAACAAUUUGAUGACAUUUAUGAUCAGUUUUAUGAACAAACAUUCGAGAAUCUUAUAAAUGAGUAUGGUGAUCAAGAAGAGGCAACCUCAUCAAAGAAGAAACGAGCUUUUAUAGAAAGAAAUCGAGAAGAAGGCCACAUAAGAUUAUGGAAUGAUUACUUCAGCGAAAAUGCAAUUUAUCCCGACCAUCUUUUCCGACGACGUUUUAGAAUGAACAAGGCAUUGUUCUUGCGUAUUGUUCAUCGGCUCUCCAACGAAGUCAGUUUCUUUAAACAGAGGAAGGAUGCCCGGGGUAGACUUGGUCUAUCUGCACUUCAGAAGUGUACAGCCGCAAUUCGGCUCUUAGCUUAUGGCACGGCACUUGACACCGUUGACGAAUACCUGCGACUAGGUGCAAGUACGGCUCGUUCAUGUCUGAAAAAUUUUGUUGAAGGAAUUAUUAAUCUCUUUGGCGACGAGUACCUCAGAAGACCCACGGCAGAAGAUCUUCAACGUCUACUUUAUUUUGGAGAGGAACGCGGAUUUUCCGGGAUGAUAGGAAGCAUAGAUUGUAUGCAUUGGGGAUGGAAGAAUUGUCCAACCGCUUGGAAAGGCCAGUAUGCACGAGGUGCUGGAAAACCGACAAUAGUCUUAGAAGCGGUUGCUUCAUACGAUCUCUGGAUUUGGCAUGCGUUUUUCGGACCGCCAGGUACCCUUAAUGAUAUUAAUGUUUUGGAUCGCUCACCCGUUUUUGAUGACAGUAUAAAAGGUCGAGCUCCGAAAGUUAAUUUCUUUGUCAAUGGAACGGAGUAUCAUCUGGCAUACUAUCUGACUGAUGGUAUAUAUCUAAAAUGGGCGACUUUCGUCCAAUCUAUUCCACUACCACAAGGCGAAAAAGCAUGUUUAUUUGCUGAACGUCAAAAAGGUUAUCGAAAAGAUGUCGAGCGUGCUUUUGGUGUCUUGCAAUCUUGA